AAUAUUACUCGCCAAAAAAUGGAAUAGCGUUACUUGUUACAAUUACUUUUACUAAAAUUUUGACUUAUAAAUAUUUCAGGGUUUUUGCCCCAUCAAAACUACACUUUGCUUUAUGAUGGUCGUAUUUUUGAUUCAAACAUGAAUUUGAAGUGUUCUUGCUAAUACUUUAUGUUGCAUUGAAAUGCUUUUUCGGCUUCGGGACUGGGACUGAAAUGUAAAUGGAACAACACCUUUGCUGUUUCUCUUUAAUUUUCGAUCAAGAUGUCAUAAGGCCAUCCAUAAAUAUGACAUUCGUAAGGUAAACGUAGACUUUGAUCUAGUAAAAGGAUUUCAAUCAGACUUGGACAAGUUUCUGAUAAAAUUCCUGAUCAACCCAAGAUUUAAUGGCGAGAUGGAUCCACUAACUCUUAAGCGUUGGAGGAUCAGAUAUUUAUUAAUCUGGGUGAGUGCUGAAUUUUAUUACAAUGUAUGUAUGAAUGUAUAUUUUAAGUGUUAGUACACUUUUGAUUGCAAAAAUUGUCGUUAUAAUUAGUUUGGCAGAUUUUUUUUGUAAAGUAUUCCAUUUUUUCUCAUGAACACGAUUGGGUCUAGUUCCAAAUUAAAAUUGCUUUUGACUCAAACACGUUGCUGGACGUUUUCGUUGGGCGAGGUCGAGUAAGGACGGUAGCUCCUUCUUGUCGAGUUUACAUUCCCAGCUCUCGAUGUACGCUUACGGGCACUAAUUUAUCGGAUAUGAAGGGGAUGUUUCGCGACGUCGCUUUGAAUAUUUCAAGGAGGAGAACCUCCGCGGUAAGGUGAUUUAUUGAUGGAACGCCACUGUCUUUUAUCAGGUCCUCGGCGGAAAUCAUGUCGGACUGAGUCUUGUCCAGCAGAAAGCUCAUAACUCGGUUCAGAAUGAACUGGAGUUGUACCAGACCUUCCGUUUUCGGAUCGCCGUUGCGUAUUCGGCAAGUACCAUAUACGUACUGGCAGGCCGUACCUUCAUUUUGAUAUUAUUAUCCCAUGGACUACCGAUUCCAACUUGUGUUUAGGCACUGUCUGGCUCAGGUGACCAAGGAUGGCCAGUCGUUGCAUUAUUUUGAUGUUCGGUUUUCGGAAAUGAAGCUAGCUUGUUAAGUCACUGGAUAUUUCAAAACUGAGAGCACUCACAGAGGGGAAUGGUUCGAGAAUGGUUCCGUUAACUGUGAUUGGUUGUGGGUUGUUGAGGUCGCAUUGUGAAAACUUUUCCCGGGAUGAACAGAAACUGUGUUUUUGACAUGUUAGCGACCAACCAAUUUGACGCCAUAAAUCUCAAAACAGAGUCAGCCUCUUCUUCUACGUCGUACAUAGACCUUCGACCAAGUUGUCGUAGGACCUGUCUCUCAGCGACAUUUAGACGGCUCAUCUCUUUUCAAGACUUUUUUGUUUGAUAAUCAUUCAACUAAUGAUUUUGUUUCAACGUAUUUUAGAGAGUUCAUUUUUUUGGUGAUUUCAUAGUUUGGUUGUGUGUGUGUGGUUGUUUUCUUCUUAGAUUCUUUUUUGAUUAACCCACACGCUUGAUACACGUCCAUAUCCAUGUCCUUGAUCGGCAUGAAAACAAUAAUAUGGAGCACCAUGAUACAUCCGGCUUAACACCAUUCAUGUCACCAAGGGAAACUUUCAUGCACCGUUUAAACAUCUCGAACAUUGAACUCCAAAAUGAUACACCACUUUGGAGUGUUGAAACUUGAAACUUGGAUCAUUUAAAUUUGAUCCAACAAAAACCGUUCAACGUCCUUAGACUCAGAGAGGUUAUGUGAACAGACCAGUUUCCACAGGGGGGGCCAAGAAUCUGGAACCUGAUAUGCCCUACCACUUGUGCGAUGUAAGUAAGAUGGCUAAAAUAGACCUUAUCUUGGAUAAACCCUUGUUGUCCCCAUGUCAGUUCUCGUCGAAAAUGCCUCCGGGAAAGAGGUGUCAAUGGCGUCAGGAAAGCUUGAUCUUGCUGCUGAUCUUGAGCACUCGUUGUUUGGGCAAGAAACCUGGCGGCGGAUUUGGCGGGGAUUUCAGCGCCGCUUCCAUGUCCGGAGCCGACACUCCUGGCCCGACCUCGGGAUCCAUGGGAGGGAAAGCCGCCUCGGCCAUGGCCAUUGGCACUGGGGACUCAGGUCCCGGGAACUACGCAUCCAACUUCAAGACACCGAACUACACCCAGUACACAAACCAGAAUUUUAAAGACUUCUUACCCAAUUAUGAAUCCAUGAUGGAAAAGAGCAUGAGUGGAGGCGGGGGAGGCAGCAAGGACGGAGGGGGAUCAUCCUAUAGUAACUUCAGCUCAGUGAAUAGCUUGCUUAAGGGAUUCAUGGAGUUACAGAAAGAACAAUUGAAGCUGGACAAAGUGAAGGCGGAGACGGCCAAGGCCAAAGUGGAUUUGGCCAUGGAUUAUGACGAAGGGGACUAUGUGGCGCCGGGAAAAGCAGACAAACGCAGAAGAAAGAGGUCAAUGAUGAUCCAGAUGGAGGACUUGGGAAUGGCAAAAGAUAAGCUCUUGGCCUUGCUUUUAAACAAUACUUCUGUGAAUGAGCUGAAGAAUCUUGUUAGCCAAAAGUACGGAGCCUUGUUGCAGGACUUGAAAAAGCCCAAACAUGAUGAACUAAGCGCGCAAAGUCCGAUUAAAUCUCAUUCAGACAUGAAAUGGGGAUCCGUUAUCAAGCCCGUGGAAAAAUAUGAACCGCCCAUAAAGGUCAAGAUAAUUGGACCCCGACCCUUCAAGUGGAAAAGCAAAUUGGACGUACCAACUGUCUCUAGUACAAAGUAUGUCAGACAAUGGGGAGGAGGGAAAUAUUUCAAACGAGAUCAACCUCCCCCGCCACCGGCAGAUCCAAAUUCGCCCCCUCCGAGUUCGUUUUGGGCCAACCUCGGCACAAAAGCCUCAACUUGGUUCAAAAACUCCCCUGGAGGGACUCCCCCAGGUGGCAGUGACCCUGCUGCCAAUGGUGCCUGGUCAUCUAAGACACCUGGGACUUCAGGUGGCUCCCCUGCCUCAUCAUGGGACUCGUCAGGGUUAGGCACUGGAUCUUCUUCUCCAUCAUGGGGUGGAUCACCAGGUGUCAUGGGGGGUGGCGGGUCAAGCUCUUGGACCGGACAAGGAGGAUCGCCGCCGCCGUCAGGUGGCGGUGCGCAAGGGGUUGGUGGUGGUUCCAAUGGUUCCAAUGGCCAACAGGAUCAAACAGGAAGUUCUCAGCCCAUGAGGGGCAUGGCAGACUCUGGGGCAAAUGGAGGAUGGUCCAGUAUGUCUCCUCCUCCCUCUACUGGUGGUGCUUACCCAAGUGGCCCACCCUCUUCUCAAGGGUCUCAACAACGGAGAGGGAUUAUGCCUUCUUAUCCCAUGCAUGGAUCUGUCGCCCUUUCUGACGAGCCUCCACUUAUGGCCUCAGGAGGGAGCAAACCAAUGAUGAUGGGAUUCAACAACGACAAUGCGAAAAAUAUCCCAGACCUAAGUUUUUCCUUGAGCUCUCUCUUUCCUUCCAAAUCGAUGAAAGGUCCCGAGAGAGUGAAGCCACCGUCAAGACCACCUGCAAUGCAAGUGGUAGAGUCCCCAUUGUACCAAAGUACCCCUCUGGUCAAAUAUUCGACGGAGUUGAGGCCCAUCUGGAUUUUACCCGGCCACCCCAAACCUCCACUUGCUUCAAGGCCAAGCCCAAUUUAUCCAACGGCAAAUGGCAUGGUUUUAUCACCAUCAUAUUCUGAAUACCCUUCGAGUGAGCGGAUGGACGAUAUGCCAACUGGAUAUGAAAGGUCGCCUAUGAGAGAAAUGAGGAAGACUUGGCCAAUCGAAUCAGCCACCACAAGCCCAAAGCCCAUGAUCAUCUCGAAAGAAGAUAAUAAAGUACUGAUCGAUCCUAUUAACGGGGUAAUCAUCGUUAAGGACAGCAAGGUGCCAGUCAAGUUGCGAUCCAAACGAGAGGUUUCUACCACUGAGGCAAGUCCGUCAUCCACAACUUCCACGCCCGUGAUCCCAAGCUCUAUGACCACUUCGGAGGUCCCGUCCGAUCCAAACGGCCACUCGCAUGGAACCAAAAAUGACAUGGGAAUCAGCUCGGCUGGAUCUUACCCUUGGAAGUUGUACUUGCGAGAUCUUUAUCAAGCGCAAAUGGAUGGCCAAUCAAAGGAUUAUGAUACUGACCACACUCAAGUUGAGGACGAAAAAAACUUGACGCCAAGCAUUGACAAUUUUACCCAAGAACCCGGACAACCCUUGGUAAAUAGCCUCGACGGAAACCGACGCCGUCGAGUGAAGUUGGCAUACUCUCAAAAGGCUCAUCUUCCCCCGGGUUCGACAGAAUCCAUCAGCGUUGGAGGGGGUCGAGCCCCCGGGCAUCAUGAAGGCGGGGGCCUCACUGUCAAGGUAAAGAAACCGUGUUCGAGUUCGGCAGCAGCGAAAACAAAUCGCCAAACUGAGACUGACAAAGAGGAGAGGAAUACUCUGAAUUUCUUCUUCACUUGGUAAAUUGUCAUUUCUGUCUGUUCUAGAUCAAGAUCCCUCCCAAGAUGCACGGAACAGUUAGCUAUGAAUAGUUCGCAUGUACAUACACACGAGUACACACUGUAAAACGUCUCGCACGCAUUUACGUUAUGGACUGACUCACUUGGUCUCACGAUGAUCCUCAUUAGUGGUCGAUAACCACGCAUGAUAUUACAAUUCAGACACACUUAUUGCCAUUGCUGUCUGAGCCAUGACAUGUAUUUGAUGUUAAUAAAUUACUUGGACUAGAAAAAGAA